UCGUCUCGUUCCAUGGGGAGGUGGUCGAGGUCAUGCAGAAGCUGCACAAGCUCGCUCUCUACCUUGCUGAAGAUGGGAUGAAGCUGAUGUUGUCUGUCGACGAGCUCAACGGGGAUGAGAACAUUCGCAUGGCGAGAAAGGGACUCGUGAAGAGCAUGAACCACAUCCUUGACAGAUUGGAAAAGCUCAAGACGGAGCUCAACGUCCCUUCCCUUCAGAACGAGAGCUCCUGACCCCCAUGCACUGGCGAGUGAGAUGUGCAUGGACGUGCUUUCGGAUGGAGCCGGCGCAGCGA